AUGAGGGACUACAUCGGUACCGUCGACCGACUGGUCGCUCGCGCCAGCGACCCAAGCGCGACCUCCAGCUCCGCGUCUGCGUUCUUGACUACAUUGGUCCCCUCUCUGAUCGUGUUUGUUGUGAUGGUCUUGCUGUUCAUUAUGCUCCGCAAGACACAGCACCGCAUGUACAUGCCCCGUACUUAUAUCGGAUACCUGAAGGACUGGCAACGCACCCCGGAUUCUCCCACUGGUUUCUGGAACUGGGUCAAUUCCAUGUACCAGCUGCCCGAUACCUAUGUCCUGCAACACCACUCUCUCGAUGCAUACCUCUUGCUCCGCUUCUUGAAGAUUAUCUCCCUGAUUAUGUUCGUGGGUUGCUGCAUCACAUGGCCUAUUCUGUUCCCUGUCAACGCGACUGGUGGUGGUGGACAGACCCAAUUGGAUCUGCUGAGCAUGUCCAAUGUUUCGGACAGCCAGUACGGUCGCUACUUCGCGCACUGUUUCCUUGCGUGGAUCUUUGUGGGCUUCAUUUUCAUUAUGAUUACCCGCGAGCACAUCUUCUAUAUCAACCUUCGUCAGGCUUACUUGUUCUCGCCUGCUUAUGCUAGCCGUAUCUCCUCGCGCACUGUUCUUUUCUCCUCUGUGACUAAAGACUACUUGACUAAGGAGAAGAUCACUGCUAUCUGGGGACCUAGCAAGGUUAAGAAUGUCUGGUUGGCUACGGAUACCAGCGACUUGGAGGAUAAGGUUAAGGAGCGCGAUGAUGCUGCAUUCAAGCUUGAGGGUGCUGAGACCAAGCUUAUUGUUCUUGCCAACAAGGCUCGCGCUAAGGCUCUGAAGAAGCAGGGAACUACUGAGGAGGGUAACACUGAGGAGGAGGGUGUUGGCCAGUUUGACGAUGAGUCUGGCUCCGUUGCGGCACGCUACAUCCAGGCUAAGGACCGUCCUACUCACCGUCUCAAGUUCCUUAUUGGCGAGAAGGUCGAUACUAUCAACUGGGCUCGUUCCGAGAUUGAGCGCCUUACUCCUGAGAUUGAGGAGUUGCAGGCCAAGCACCGCGCUGGUGAUGCUCCUCUGGUUUCAUCUGUCUUCGUUGAAUUCUUCCACCAAUCCGAUGCUCAGGGUGCUUUCCAGUCUGUCGCUCACAACCUGCCCCUUCACAUGACUCCCCGCUACAUCGGCCUGGACCCUACUCAGGUUAUCUGGUCCAACCUCCGUAUCAAGUGGUGGGAGCGCAUUGUGCGUCACAGCGCUACUACUGCUUUCGUUAUUGCCUUGAUUAUCUUCUGGGCUAUCCCCACCGCCGUUGUUGGUUGUAUUUCGAACAUUAACUUCCUGGUCGCGAAGGUUCCGUUCCUGAGCUUCAUCAAUGAUGUUCCCAGCGUCAUCCGUGGUGUCAUUACUGGUCUUUUGCCUUCUAUUCUGAUGGCUGUUCUCAUGGCCUUGGUUCCUAUUAUCAUGCGAUUGAUGGCCAAGUUGGGUGGAGAUCCUAGCGUCUCUGCUGUUGAAUUGACCACUCAGAACUACUACUUCGCUUUCCAGGUUAUACAGGUGUUCCUUGUCGUUACCCUGUCAUCUGCUGCCACCAGUGUCGUCACUUCCAUCAUCUCGAAGCCCGCCUCUGCGGCUACCCUGCUUGCCAGCAAUAUCCCUCGUGCUUCCAACUUCUAUAUUUCAUACAUCGUCCUGCAGGGUCUGUCCUUCAGCGCCGGUGCCCUUCUGCAGAUCGGUGGUCUGAUCGUUGGCAAGAUCCUGGGUCGUCUCCUAGACAAGACUCCUCGUAAGAUGUACACACGUUGGUCCAACCUGGCUGGCCUUACUUGGGGCACAGUCUACCCUGUCUUCACUAUGCUUGCUACUAUCGGUAUCAUCUACUCUUGUAUCGCACCUCUGGUUCUGGGCUUCGCCUGUAUUGGCUUGUACCUCUUCUACUUCGCCUACCGAUACAAUGUGCUGUAUGUUUCCAACGCCACCAUCGACACCCAGGGCAAGGCCUACACCCGUGCUCUGCAGCAUCUUACCGUCGGUUGCUACCUUCUCAUUGUCUGCUUGAUUGGUCUCUUCGCAAUGGCCAGUGGCUCCAACCAAAUCGCAGUUGGACCUUUGAUUCUCAUGAUCAUCUUCCUCAUCUUCAUCAUCCUGUACCACCUCUCAAUGAACGCCGCCAUGGAGCCACUCAUCCACUUCCUGCCCAAGAACCUCGAGGCCGAAGAGGAGGGUCUCCUAGCCGCUGACCGCAAGCAGCUUGGCUCCGUCGAUGAGUCUAACGGUGCCGGUAUCGCCAAGGAAGAGCACAAUGGCGUCUCCAACAUCGACAGCGGUGUUGGCAACGUUGACUCCGCCGAGAAGGGUGUCAAUGGCUCUGCCUCUGCCUCAGCCUCUGGCAUUUCCGGCAACUUCUUCACCCGCUGGGCUCGCCCCGAUAAGUACUACGACUACGCUACCCUGCGUCGUCUUGUUCCCAGCCCACUGGACAUCCAGUCCUACCCCGAAGAAGCCGAGCGCGACGCCUACUGCCACCCCUCCAUUACCGCCCAGCCCCCUCUUCUCUGGAUCCCCCGUGACAACCUCGGCAUCAGUGCCCAGGAGGUCGCCCACACCAACCGUGUCAUCUCCAUCACGGACGAGGACUCCUGGCUCGACGAGAAGAACAAGAUUAACUGGAACAUGGAGAAGGGUCAACCUCCUAUCUACCAGGAGAAGAUCAACUACUAA